AUGACCGAAAGACGGCCAGCCCAGGUUUGUAAAAGAGUCAAGUGUGAUGGACGUCGACCGAAGUGUGGGAAAUGCGAGAGGACCGGUGCUGAAUGCUCAGUGUCUGUCCAGCUGCGACGGAGAACCACGCCGCGAGGGUAUAUUGAGCCAACCGAAGAACUCAUCCAACAACUCACGCAAGAGCUGCAAUCAGCGCGAGGCCAGCUACAACUUUUCUCAGCGCGGGAAGAGGGGCUCCAUGAGACUAUAGUGUCGCAAAAGAAAGAGAUCGAACAAUUGAGGGAGCUUGUCGCGGCAUCUCGCACUGGUGGCUACACGCAACAUGGAGGAGAGAAGGCCUCUAAUGGUUCUGUGGUGGCACACCUUGGACGACUAGUCUUGGGCGAUGGCAACUCCGAGUUCUUUGCAGGUUCUACGACAGGGGUUCAUUUUGUCCUCUCGGCUCAGCAGCUGUAUCAGACUACCUUCUCUUCCCAAGAGCAUUUUCCCGAAUGUUUGUUUCGCCUGCAUAUCCUGCGGUCUAGCGAAUUGACCGUAGCUUGGGAACGAAACAAAAGCAUCGAAAGCUGUUUGGCGGACGGUCAGCUCGCUUCGAGCAACAUCUUUGAAUCUCUACGUAAUCAUCUCCGUAAUCUGGGAGUGGUUGCUGUUCGCAAGGCGUUUGACAAGUACCAACAAUAUUGGGGGAUACUAUAUCCUGUAUUGUUGUCAAAACAGUUCCUUGACACGUUUGACGACACAAUCAAUGAUGCGUGGACUACCCCGAUCGAACUGCAUCUCAGGAUACCAUUUCUCCUUCAGGUGUAUGCCUUGAUAGCGCUUGACAAUGUCCAUAGCAGUACUACCGCAACUGAAUCAGAGCCCUUGUCUUAUCGCCUGGAAACCAUACUGAGCAACUUACUUGGUCAGAUGCCUUGCCGAGGAGAUAUUCCCAGUCUCCAAGGUUUGAUCCUUUACCUUCUCUAUCUCCAGACGACAUCACAGCACUCGUUAGCAAUACGCAUCUGUGGUAUGAUAGUACGUCUAGCGCAGUCACUCGGACUUCAUCGACAUACUAGACGAUUCAAACACACACCCGGUGAAAGUGAGUUGCGAAGGCGUAUAUGGUGGUCUGUAUAUGUGCUCGACGUGCAAUCAAGCAUCCUGUAUGGUCUACCCAGAAACAUACAAGCAGCAGACACAGAUACCGACCUCCCUACCAACACCGACUAUGACGACAUGCAUAGUGAUCAGCUGUCGUAUCCAUUACCUGGAGAAACUACCCAUAUCGAGCCAUUUCUCCAGUAUGUUCAUCUCGCACAAAUUCUAUCCAGGUGUCUCGAACAAAUGUAUACGACGACCAACCGAAGAGGUGGAGUUGCCAAGAUCUAUCGACUUCAACGUGAACUCGAUGUCUGGAAACAAAACGUUCAGUCAAGUUUACCCAACAUCGCACGCACUGGAGAGCUUAUCCAGACCAGACUACAUAACAUCGACAAUACUACCACUGCCUACAACCCUGUUGAAUGCCCUGAUUUUAUUUCUCUAUGGUUGUUUAUCCUCGGCGAACUAGCCACCAUGCUCAUUCAUCGUCCUGCAUUGACUUUUGGACAAAACGAACCACAAUUCGCCGAUAGUCUGCGCGCUUGCAGGGAAGCAACGACACAACUCAUCCUAGCAUAUGAAUUAGCCUCAGAUGCGUCGUUUGUUCCCUGCAUAUGGCCAUCAGGCCACCAUCUCGUUUUCCAGAGUGGACUGAUGCUUCUCUAUGACCGGUGGUUUCAAAACCCAAUCCAGUCGCCUGAUAUUCCAACAGAGCCAGAUACCCUCCCUCGACUCAUUUAUAUCGUUAUCACUCUUCUAUCGAAGUCAGCUGCGCACCUAAACGAAAGAACCGGAUCUGGAAGACUAAGGUCUCCCUCUACGACCGACACCAUUGAAUCCCUUCGACAAGCAUCGACUUAUCUCCACUAUCUUUGCACGCGAACAUUGCAGGAUCAGGGUGAAUCCUGGUCCUGGCCACAGCUCAGGCAACACCCAAUGGAAAGCCCGAUUCCUCAGGCUAGUCCAAUAAUCACUGACAUUCAUUCAUUAGCUGGACCCGGGCAACCAACACCACUUCCAGACUACUCUUCCUCCCUCUGGGCACCCUUGUCUAUCGAUGAGAUUAAUCAAAUGGACAUAUUCGAGCUUACCGACCCGCUGUUGAUUCCUUGGGAGAGUUAA